AUGGCGGCACCCCUUAUAAUUGGUCUUAGUGGGGCGUCCAGUUCUGGAAAAACAACUGUUGCAAAUGCUCUUGGCACCAUUUUCCCUGAUUCAAGCAUCAUUCAUGAGGAUGAUUUCUAUCUUCCAGACAACCAAAUCCCAUACAAUGAGGAGAUUCAUGAAUACGACUGGGAUUGUCCCGGUGCAAUAAACUUUGAAAAUUUAACAGAAGUAGUCAAGAAAUUAAAACUGGAUGAAACAUUUGAUAGGCAGAAGUAUAUGCAUCUAGAAACCACAAAUAUUUCGAAUCAGAUUGAUAAGCAUUUUUGUGUGUCGCCCGACAUUCAUAAUAAACUUCGGACUUUAGCCCAAAAAGCCUUCCUCGAUCGCAAAGUGUAUUUGAUAGAUGGGUUCCUAAUGUUUGGAUCCAAGCAGCUGGUCGACUUGAUGGAUAUUAAACUCUUCUUUAGGACGGAUUACGAAACUUUGAAGAGAAGGAGGCAGGUCAGAAAGUAUAAUGUGGAUGCUGGCGUUUGGACUGAUCCACCUGGCUAUUUUACUAAAUGCGUGUGGCCCCAAUACUAUCAUUAUCACAAGGGCAUUUUUUGCGAUGGUGAGGAUGAACAUAAGGUAAGAAGUACAGGUGGUGCUCUUAACGAUUAUGCCAAGAGUGUGCUACACAUUGAUGAUUUCAUCAAUAACGACGACUCGGACUUUGACACCCUGAUUUCUGAUGUUUUCCACACUGUAAUCGGGCAUGUUAGGGACUCAGAAGUUGGAAUACAAAAAUAG